AUGACGUGCGGCGGCUGUUCGGGCGCCAUUGAGCGUGUGCUCAAGAAGAACAUUGAGGCGCCCAACGCCUACCUCGUCUCCCUCCCCACCCAGCGCGUGGUCGUGUACGGCCCCUCCCUGCCCCCGUUCGAGACCGUGACCGAGAAGAUUGCAAAGACGGGCAAGGAGAUCCUGUCCAAGGAGGAGAUCCCCGCGGGUGGAGCCGUGCCUGCUGUCUCUGCUUAG